GAUUGCACUGGAGCAUUACAAAGUCAUGUUUGUGCUGCUGCUACCAUCUCACAGUGCUGCUAACGUCAUCACAAUCAGCUGAUCAUUACUGAAACAUCCACAUCCCUGCACACUAGUCUUUCACUCUUUUUUAGAGCACAUUUCUGAUAUGAAAGCAUACAGCACAGAAAGGACAGACACUUGAAGAAAACUGCAUCAUUAUCUCAGUAGUCUGAAAACGCAAAGCUGCAAGUGGAGAUACGUAUCUAAGCAUAGCAGAACUGGAGCUUUCCCUGUUCAGAAGAACAGUAAUAAACACUUAGGAGGGACCUCAAUAAGGCCAUCAUCAGCAUUACAGAAUUCUGGAAAGCAGCUGUUAGUGUUCAACAGUCGAAAAUUUGCUGCUGUGCCAUUAAUGUGUACAGGCUGCUUGGAAAUGUAGAAGGUGUAAGAAGACAUUCAUUUGUAGACUGAAAGAUGUUAAUUAUCCCAUUUCCAAAGCCUUCAGAAUAAACUACACCAUUUCCUUCAUCAGGCAAGUUACUAGGGUAAUUGCUAUAACGUCAGUGCUUAAGAUGAAUAUUGAAAUCAAGAACAUUACUUUUUCAUCGGCUUCUGUAUCCUGGUCACCCACUCAUUAUGUGUGCCCAGAAAAAUUUUACAGAAUUAUGUAUCGCCCCAAUUGGAACAGCAUCUUGUCUGGCUUUUCCCGACAGACAUUUCAUCGUGAAGAGGUAAUACCUCUGAGUCGGAAUUCCUUUACCCUGCAGAGGUUGGCACCAUCUACAAACUAUAUACUAUGUGUGACAUGCCAUGGAAUUCAUCCUUCCAGAGAUCAAUGCACUAUUUUUCAUACAAUGGCCAAAGACUCUUUAUUUAUGGCCAACAAAAAACUUGACCUGGCUAUGAUUAUAUGGCUCACAAGCAGUGUCUUUCUGAUCAUUAUCGCAAUUACUCUUAUGUAUGGCUGUUUAAAAAUGUGGUGUAAGAAAUGCAAGAGAAUUCCUAAAGAUUACAGUUUUUCAUCUUCCUUAGGUACAGACAGAGGUGCUACUCAAGCAUGGAAUGGAGCAGAUGCUGAAACGGCUUUGGUGGAUGAUAAUUUUGAGGUUCCAGUCCUCGACAGAUUAGCUGUGCUUGAUAGGCAUUCUGAAAGCAAAUCUGAUGGCAUUAUACAAAAAACACUAGGAGGAACACAAGAUCUGCUGUCAUAUAAAAAGGACAGUGACAGAAUAGCCAUUCUGUCACAGAGUGUUUAUGAGUAAACUAUCAGUGAUCCCCGUAUUGCAUCUUCCCAGUUUUGUACAGUCCUGUUGUGUUCAGUUUGGGAGACUUUAGAAUUGCUUCCAUAAUGUAAUACAGACUAAAUCCUUAAAUUAAAGGAAACAUUUGUUUAUACAUUACCAAUGUAAUCAACAGUAAUUGUUUGAAGUCUUAUAUAGAUCUCAUAACUCAUUGCACUGUGGUCACAUGUAUAUUUCUGUAAAGAACAUGAUUUUUAGGCAAACAGUACAGAUACUAACUGAUACUACAGUUAAGGAAAGCAGGUCGGUUGUAUAAAUGGUUGUAAAUAACUUAUUCCUUUCUUUCUGUGUUGCUUAUCAGUGCGUAUUAGUGCAAAAGUAUAUUAUGCAUGAACCAGCAGAUAAAAUAGUAAUGUGCUAUGGCCAGGUAUGUAUACAGGAGAAAGAGUUGCAUUUAAAAACACCACAGCAAGGGCAAGCAAAUACAGUUCAUUAUGGAAACCCUUAUUUCAAGACAACAACAGCAAGAAUGUUUUAAUAUUGGGCUAGGCUACAUUUUCAUGCUAUCUUGUCAAAGCCUUAUUUUACAACAUAUGCCAUAUCUAUGUUUGAUUUAUAAUCACUUCCUCCAUAUUUGUUUUGUUAAGCAUAACACAUUAUUCACUUUUGCCAACAGUGAACCAGCUAUUUUAUCAUUAUAUCUGCAAUCUUUUGGAAAGGGUGAAUGUUAUGGAAUCCAUACACAUAUAGCUUUCAGUGUAACAAAAAAUCAAGAGUCCAAAAUGUAUGCUGUACUGAUCUAAUUUUGAAUGGUAGUUAGCAUCUGUCUCUCCUAUUUAUCUUUUAGAUGGUGAUCCAAGCUCACCAGAAUUUUAUUUUCUAUACCUACAAAUCCCUGAUAGAAGUUACUUUAGCAUUACUGUAUGCAUUUAAAAAUUAAACUGCAAAAUGUCAAAGCUGAUUACGUAAGAAAAUAAAAUGCUGCCAAUCAAUUUUAA